GCCAGCUUCCAUCAUGUCGCUGCAGUUCUCCAUCCCUCUGGCCUUCAGAGACCUCCUGAAGAGUGGAGGCGUCGGGCAGUAUGUGGUCCAGGAGGUACAGCCCGUGCGGCAGCUGCCCUCUCAGCUCAGCAGUGAGUUCUUAAAAUUGUCAUCUGUGCUCCCCAUAUGUAUGACAGUUCAUUACAGGCUCCUGCACACACUCCUACAUCAUUUCCGCACCUUGGAUGCUUCUUUGAAAGAAGAUUUGCUAGAAGUACUUAUCAAAGCCACUUCCCAGCAUGCGGCAGAACUCCCCGCAGUCCUGGAAGAUCUGUCGCUGGCUCAGGCCGAUAAAAACACUCACCUCAACACUCUGAAGAUGAAUUGCUUUCUCCUUGUACAUUUGAUUGAGGCCUUCGAGGUGGAGACUUACAAAGCUGCGUUGGGGAAUGUGGAGCCCAGUGGAAAGGGGAGGAAGGCAAAGUCCAAAGCUGACGGCUUUCUUUGGGAAAUGGAGCGAGAAAAAGUCCUGCAGACCAUCACACACCUGCUUCAACUAGACGUCCGGAGACUAUGGAGCAUGUCACUGAUCGAGGAGGAGUUUAUCAGCAUGGUAACCGGCUGCUGCUAUAAGAUGAUGGAAAAUCCGAGCAUAGGAGCUCUGAAGAACAAGCCUUUGUGGGAGGCAUUAUCGCAUCUCCUGGGAGUAGCUGUGAAACGCUCCAAUGACACACUGAGUGUCAGUGUGAAAGUAAUCCAACUUCUGCAGCACUUUGAGCACCUGGCUCCUGUACUUGUCCAUGCUCUGACAUUGUGGGCCACAGAAUAUGGGAUGAAGGCCCUGGUAGGAGAGAUCAUGAGGAAGAUUGGCCAAAAGUCUUGUCAGGAUCUUUCCAAGGAGAGCUCAAGUGUGAAGACCUUAGCCACCUUCAUUACUCAACUAGCUGAGCGGAUUCCUGCGAUUAUGAUGCCCAAUAUCAGUAUGCUGCUGGACUACCUGGAUGGAGAGCCUUAUAUGAUGAGGAACGCAGUGCUGACUGUCAUAGGAGAAAUGGUUGUCCGUGUGCUUAGUGGUGAUCACCUGGAUGAUACCGAGAAGAACACAAGAGAUAACUUCCUGGAUACGCUGCAAGAACACAUUCACGAUGUGCACACUUUUGUGCGCUCCUGUGUGCUACAGAUUUUCAAUCGGAUUGUGCAAGAAAAGGCUCUGCCUUUAUCACGCUUCCAGGCUGUGGUCACUCUAGUCGUCGGUCGGCUGUUUGAUAAGUCAGUGAAAGUUUGUAAGAAUGCCAUACAGGUUUUGGCCUCCUUCCUUGCCAACAAUCCUUUCACUUGUAAGCUUAGUAGUGCAGAUCUGAAGGAGCCCCUCAAGAAAGAGACCGAAAAACUGAAACAACUUAAAGAGAAGCUGAGCGUUAAACCCCCAGCGGUGGUGAUUUCCCCAGAAGAAGAGUGGGAAGCUAUGCUCCCCGAGCUAAAGGAAACUUUGCACACCCUCACACAGGAGCGUAACGAGGAAGAUGACCCCCAAGAGGAAACCGAUACAAUACAGCAGUUACAUGAGCGCAUUUUGCAUCUGCUGAAGAACACCAGUUACAAACAUGCCAUCUUCUUGGUGAAGAAAGGGAUUUCAAGAUUCCCAGAUGAUUCCUUGUUCGGCGUGGGAGAGGACGCAGAGGAGGAUGCAGUGCUGGGGAUUCUGGAGCAAAUCUUCACAGCAGAGGACCCAAAUUUGGAAUCUCCGCCAAGUGAUGAGCAGUUGCCACCUCCUGUUGCAGAAAGCAAGAGCUCUGAAUUGUCUCAAGAUGAGCAGAACCAGACUGAACUGAGCAAGCAAGAAAUGUUGGUCCAGUACCUGACAGAUGCUCACUAUUUUGCCUUAAAGAUUGAAGAAGCUAUUGAUGUCAUCAGCAAGAUGAUGUAUGAAGCUGCCUCGUCCGUGGUACAGGAAGUCAUUGAGUUCUUUGUCACGGUGUCACAGUUUGGGGUUCCUCAGGCUGUGAUUGGUGUACGCCGCAUGCUGCCUCUUGUCUGGUCAAAGGAGCCUGGUGUUCGUGAUGCUGUAGUGAGUGCUUACCGCCAGCUGUACCUUUCUUCUGGCUCAGAACCUGAACGGGUGAGAGCUCAGAAUCUGAUAUGUAAUCUUUCUCUGCUUAUGGUCGACUCGUCUGCUGGGGUGAUCCAGUCUUUGGAAGAGAUCGUUCUGGAGUUUGUGCAGAAGGGGGAGAUUCGACCUGCUGUUUCCCAGUUGCUUUGGGAAAAGUUUACGCUCAAGUCCCCUUGCUCUGACCUGGAGCGCCGAGCUGCCGUCAUGAUGCUGGGGAUGAUGUCUCGGGGUCAGACAGAAAUUGUGCUCAGUAACCUGGAGACACUUGUGAAUGUGGGUCUGGCUCAGGAUGAACAGAAGGAUUAUCAGCUCGCCCAAGAAGUCUGCAACUGCAUCUUGAAAAUUUCUGAUAGCCGAAAGUCACCCCUUGGUAAAAAAUCGGCACCCUUUCGCCUUCCAAAUGACCAUUGCCUCUUCCAAAACCUGAAAGAAGCUGUUAUAGGAGGAAUCGCCCAGCAGAACUUGUACUGGUUGCCCUUCAAAGAGACGGCAGUGAGGCUGAUUUAUGAGAUGGCAGAAGAGCCGGAGGAAAUCUGUGCUGAAGUUUUACAGAGAUGCAGCCAACAGGUCCUGCAGGAGCUGGACAACCAAGAAGCGUCGGCAGUUCCAGCUUUCCUUCUCGCCCACCUGCUGUCUCUGGCUGGAGAUAUGGCCUUACAACUGGUGGCGCAUCUGGAAUGUACAGUCAGCGCAGAGCUCAGGAGGCAAAGAUCGUUGGAGGAACAAGAAGCUGAGAAACUGGGAAAAAGCAAGCAAAGAAAGAGCAGGGGCAAUGAAAGUAUGGGAGAAGAAGACCUGGGGCUGGUUGGGGCAUCCGCUGAUGAUGCCGAUGCUGAACUCAUCCAAAAGAUUUGUGAAAAUGAGCUUCUGAAUACCCAACAAUACCUAUCUGCGUUUCUGCCACUGGUGCUCAAGGUGUGUAAGAAUUCUGGGAAAGACAGUGAUCCUGUCCUGUGCACAGCUGCCACCCUCGCCCUAACCAAGUUCAUGAUGAUCAGCUCCGAUUUCUGCGACUCUCACCUGCGUCUUAUUUUCACUCUCCUGGAGAAGUCUCAUUUGCCUGGCGUCCGCUCUAAUAUCAUGAUUGCUCUGGGGGAUCUCAGCAUCCGCUUCCCAAAUCUUAUUGAACCGUGGACUCCGCACCUCUAUGCCAGACUCCGAGAUGAGUCCCGUGAAGUGCGUAAAACAUCUGCUAUUGUAAUGACCCAUCUGAUCCUGAAGGACAUGGUCAAGGUCAAAGGGCAAGUCAGUGAAAUGGCAGUUCUGCUCAUAGAUGCUGACCAAGAGAUCUCCUCGUUGGCCAAGAAUUUCUUCACUGAGCUGUCCAACAAGGGCAAUGCUGUUUACAACCUUUUACCUGACAUUAUCAGCCGCCUCUCUGAUCCAGACUGUGGCGUGGAGGAGGACGCUUUUCACACCAUAAUGAGACAUCUCCUCUCCUACAUCACGAAGGACAAGCAGACUGAAAGUUUGGUGGAGAAGAUGUGCCACCGUUUCCGAACCGCCAGAACUGAGCGCCAAUGGCGGGACCUUGCCCACUGCCUCUCCCUCCUGCCGUUCUCGGAGAAAGGUCUGGUUAAAAUGCAGGAUUGUUUUGAUUGCUACGGGGACAAGUUGAGUGAUGACGCUGUGUACAAUUCCUUCUUGAGCAUCAUAGGGAAAAUGCGCAAAGGAGCCAAACCUGAACUCAAGAGUAUGAUUGAUGAGUUUGAGAACAAGCUGACCGUGUGUCAUAACAAAGGUCUGGAGAACAUUGAUGUUCCAGAGAAGGCCAUUCCAGAAGGUGAAAACCCUCCACCACCGUCUGCUAGGCGCCCUCUGAAGUCUGUGAACAGAGCACCGGCAGUAAAUGAGGAGAGCGAGUUCCAGACGCCAAAAUCUCGCCCCCCUAGGAGACAGCAGAAGAAAGUAACCAUUACGUUCUCCAGUGAUGAGGAGUCUGACCUGGAGGCAGAACUGAGUGAAGCGGACACGCCUAAAAACACCACUCCCAUCAGACGUACAUCUACCCGCUCCCGGGCUCGGUGA